GUAUAUCAAAAUGGGUAUAGGCACGGUGGAAUAUAGAGGAGGUGUCUUCUUAGCGUUUGGCAUGUUGCUAUUUUGAGAUUCAGUUUGACAACAGUCGUCGAUAUUUGUUUACAGGCAGCAGCCGCAAUAUCACGUUGAAAAUGCCGACUUAUAAAGUGUGCAUGCAAAGUACAAGUUUGUUGUGCUAUACAAAUAUUUAUUGAACGAAAACAAUUCAUUUAUCAUACUUGUAAACCAGCAACAUUCGUCGUUUUUGACAACUGCCGUCGAUCCUGGUUUUGUGCUUUUUUCUAAAGCCUUGAUGGCCAAAUGUUCUGUAUGACGACACCUCCUUUCUAACCACUUUGCCCAAAAAUCAUCCUGCAAUGUAAAUACUUCAUCGUAAAACUUGUAAAGUUGUUUGGCAUAUUGGCAAAACGGUAAAAUGGACCUUCUUAGUUCAAUAUUGGGAUCAAUGGAUCGACCUCCAUCAAAGCAACAAAAGGGCACUAACAUGUAUGAAAAACAAAGAAAGGAGUAUGAAUGCGUGAAAAACAGGCAACGUGAGGAAUUAAAUCGAUUUCGAACGUAUGUAGAAGAACGCUUAGGGCGAUUUAUGAAGGAUGAAAAUCGGCAUAAUUUAGAAUUUCAAUCGAUGGAUAAAGUUCAUCGAUCCAUAGUGCAUGAUGUGUCAGAAACGGCUGGGCUUUCAGGAAUGAGUUUUGGAAUGGAAGGCGAACGAUAUAUAGUAGUGUACAAAAAAGAGCAUCUUCCAUGUGAAGAUGAGCUGAAUGCUCGAAAAAACGGUGAAGUCUGGAACGAAGAAACUGCUGCACAGUAUGCCGAAAAACGUCGAUUAAAGCAUUUGAAGCAAUCGGGUGACACAAGUGAUUUACAUAUAACGAGAGCUGAAAAGUUGACACCAGUUUCCAGCUGCACUAAGAAAUACAUGCAACUUUUCAGUGAAGAAGUGAAAAUGGAAAAUGUUCGUAAAACUGAAAUCAAUGCAUCAUAUGGAUAUGUGCCUAGUGCAAACAAAAAAGACGUACGCUCAAUUGAACAAACAAUGGCAGACAUACUAACGAAGAAACGACUUAAAACUCAGCAUAAAGAACUUGAGGAAGGGCCAUAUUCGACUGAAGUAUCUUCGCAGGCAUCAAGACAUAUCCCAGGCGCCACAGAUAAAGCUUAAACGACUAGAAAAUCAAAUAUCCAUAGAAAAAUAACGAAAGCUCCAUAGCUUCAUUGGUUUGCUCAAUCGAUGGCUAUAAUACCCCGUCAAACAAUGCGAGGGUUGCGAAAGAUUUCAUGUGCUCGAAAUCUUAUGGUAUUUUAAAAAAUCAUUGAUUUUUAUUCAAGAAUUAUAUUUUGUGCGGUAGUAUUUGGCGAAAAGAUCACUAUUUAAAUUUUUGUGGAUUUUUGAAAACUAAAAUGUCAAAAUUCAGGUGUUUAGUAUUCUACAAAUCGCACUGUUAUACCUGCUCUCGAGGUGCUAUAAUUAUAACUGCUAAAACUAGGUGUGAAAAAACUACCAAGGCUCGCAAGCUCUACCCUCGCGCGCCCUCGCAAAUCCCUGUCAAUUGCAUGGCGGGACGCCAUACUGAUCAUCAUUUUGCUGUCCUUUCCCGCCAUGCAAUUGACAGCGAUUUGCGAGGGCGCGCGAGGGCUCGCACGCCAUACAAGUUCACCGCCCCAGAGCCCUCGCAUUAAAGAGCUUGCGAGCCUUGGUAGUUUUUUCACGCCUAGUUUUAGCAGUCCCGCCAUGCAAUUGACAGCGAUUUGCGAGGGCGCGCGAGGGCUUGCACGCCAUACAAGUUCACAGCACCAGAGCCAUCGCAUUAAAGAGCUUGAAAGCCUAGGCAGUUUUUUCGCCCCUAAUUUCAGCAGUUAUAAUUAUAGCACCUCUAGAGCAGGUAUAACAGUGCGAUUUGUAGCAUACUAAACUCCUGGAUUGGUACAAAUUUUUUUGAAAAAAUCCACAAAAAUUGAAAUAGUGAUCUUUUUGCCAAAUAACACCACAAAAAAUAAUUUAUGAAUAAAAAAUUAAUAUUAUUUAAAAUAUCAUAAGAUCUCGAGCAGAUGAUACUACUCGCAACCCUCGCAAUGUUUGACGGGGUUAUAAUUAUAGCACCCCGAGAGCAGGUAUAACAGCCCGCCAUGCAAUUGACAGGGAUUUGCGAGGGCGCGCGAGGGCUCGCACGCCAUACAAGUUCACCGCCCCAGAGCCCUUGCAUUAACACGUUGUCUGCCACGUCAGCCACUAUGUGGCUGACGGGUUUUUUCCGAUCGGGCCACGUCAGCCACAUAGUGGCUGACACAUUUCACAUUGUAAAAGACGUGUUACAAGAGAUAAAUUUGCACGUAUUUGAUCGGUUCUUUCACAAUGCUUUUCUUUCACGGUUAUUAUUUCUUAAAAAAAUGAUUAAAAUAUCAAAAUGAGUUUCUAUUAUGUUUUCAUAAAUAAAUGAGAAAGAGAAUGAACAAUAA